UUCAGUUGGAGAUGUGAGCUUCUAUUUGUGAAAUGUAGUGUACAAAAAUUCAAGUGAGAAGUUGAAAAUAUGACGAAUAAGGUCCAACCCGUUGUUGUAGAGGUAGAAGAAAGCUCAGCUGCGAGCGAACAGCGAGAGAAAUGGACCUCAAAAGCUGACUUCAUAGCGUCAUGUAUAGGUUAUGCAGUCGGUUUAGGGAAUAUUUGGCGUUUUCCCUAUCUUUGCUAUAAGAAUGGCGGAGCCACUUUCUUAAUUCCAUACUUUCUGACAUUGAUAACCUGUGGCAUUCCGCUCUUCUACCUGGAAUUGGCCCUCGGACAGUAUCUGAGCCUCGGUGCCAUCAAGGCAUGGGCUGUGAUUUGCCCAGCGCUUAAAGGGAUUGGAGUUGCCAUGGUGAUUAUUUCCUUCCUGAUCUCUAUCUACUACAACGUUGUUAUAUCCUGGAGUCUUCUGUAUCUUUACCACUCCUUUGCGUCGGUUGUCCCGUGGAAGUCUUGUGGCAACUCGUGGAACACUCCAUUUUGCAGUGAGGACUUGAGAAAUUCCACUGCUAACUGCACGGCUGUCAAUUGCUCAAUGAAUGCAUUCUCGCCCAGCCAGGAAUUCUGGGAGCGUCGUAUCUUGGACGUGUCAAAUGGCAUCGACGAGCCGGGGGAAAUUCGUUUACCGCUGGCCACAACUUUGUUUAUCGCAUGGGUCACUGUUUUCUUUUGCAUCCAUAAAGGCAUCAAGAGCUCUGGAAAGGUGGCCUACUUCACGGCCAUCUUCCCGUAUAUUGUGUUAUGUAUCUUACUUGUGCGUGGUGUCUCUCUACCUGGUGCACUUGAUGGGAUCAUCUUUUACCUAAAACCAGACGUCGAAAAGCUCCUAGAGCCACAGUUGAUAUUUCUGGGGAGCAUCACCCAGUGGAAGAGAAUCACGUACAAUGGAUACAUGUACCCCGACUGGGCACAAGCUGUAGCAUGGCUACUGGCUUUAUCGUCUUUUCUGGCUAUUCCUAUUUUUGCUCUCUGUGCAAUUUUGCAUCCAAAGGGAUCCUUUAGAGAGGUAUGA